AACUAACUCGCUUAAGCGGUGACAGUGACAUUUACAGUGACAGUGAUAAACGCUUGCUCCGUUCUGCAUUCGCGUAACUCCAACAAAAACCCAAACCUAUAGCCCCACAGCCUGUUGGCAUGUCGCACCCUUUGCUCAUAAUUGGCUUACUAUGUGCCGUCCUUGCGGGCAUCGGCCGUGUUAAGUGCGCGGAGUUCUACACGGAAAAGCCCGCAUUCAUGGAGCCGUGUCAGAUUUAUGAGCCCGGGUUCACAAACUGUUCGACGCGCUCCGUACAGAAGUUCAUGGAUAAUGUUAUCAAAGGAGAAAUACCCGAAAUACUGGAGACUUUUGGACCCAUAGACCCCAUGAAGCAGGAUCAACUUGUUUUCGAGCAAGACAACAGCGAUGUAACCACCAUCUCCGCCGACAUCACCGAUCUGUUGAUUAGCGGCUUUGGCAAAAUGAUGAUCAAGGAGAGCAAAGUAAGCAAGAAGGAUUUCAGCUGGCAAACCAAAAUCUUUCUGCCACGGUUGCGUUUGGAUGGACAAUAUAAAAUGGUGGGCCGCAUUUUGCUGCUAAAGCUUAGCGGGGCUGGAAAGAUUUACAUCGAAAUUGAUAACCUGGACAUCCUAAUGCACACCAAGACGCAUUUGUAUGAGAAAGGCGGAUUCACCUUCUAUAAUGUGACGUCGGUAAAGGUGCAGCUUAAUAUGACGGGAGUGCACUCGCAGCUCGACAACCUCUUCAAUGGGCGCAGCAAGGAAGUGGAGCGCAGCACCAACCAGUUCUUUAACGACAAUUGGCGGGAUUUUUUCGAGGCUUUGCGUCCUCUGGUUGUGCAGACCGUGGAGCGCACUCUACAGGAUCUACUAGGAAAACUCUUCCAUCUAAUACCCGCCAACUUUUUUGUCUCCGACAUACCGACCUCCCUGAAUCUGUACGGCAGGAAGACUCAAAUGAUCACAUAAAGACAAAUGCUCUACUUUUUAGUUGCCUAUGGUAGAUGAGAUUUUAUUGCAAAUCUCACUGCUUACUCUGCUAACUGUUGUGUUAAUGUUAAUGUUACAAAAUAAAUGCAAGGGCUUUACAAUGCGUUGUA